AUGAGAAACUCCAAACUGGAAUGUUGUAAAGGAAGGGGCAUUAGGGCUAGAGAGGUUGCACAAAAGAGGUUUCUAGCGAACGAUUUUUCGGCUGCAAGGAAAUUCGCGAAGAAGGCUCAGUUCUUGUUUCCAGAACUCGAUGGAAUCUCGCAAAUGGUGUCUACAUUUAGUGUACAUCUAUCUGCCCAGAACAUCAUACAUGGGGAGAUAGACUACUGCGGCGUGCUUGGCAUAAACCCUGAGGCAGACUACGAAACAGUGAGGAAACGUUACAGAAAGCUCGCUAUGAUGCUUCAUCCUGACAAGAACAAGUCCGUAGGAGGAGAGGAAGCCUUUAAGCUUCUUUCUCAGGCUUGGGGCAUGUUCUCGGGCAAGACAAAGAGAGCUUCAUCAUUAUCGUCAAAGCCUGCAAGCAACGGAUCUCAGAAAGUUACUAAAGCAACUACGGAAGUUAAGAGUACGACGAAGGGAGGUGUUAAGCGAGCAAGUGAUGCCGAUGCUUCUGCUUCUGCUUCUACUGUAGUCCAUAAACCAACUUCUGACACCUCUGGUUCUGGUUCUGCUGCUGCUGCUGCUUUAACUAAUGCUGCUACUUCUAAGGCAAAGAGACCAGAAUAUGACCUGAAAUGGAAUCCUGGAUUGUAUGAGGGAGGAGGAGCUUCUUCAUCAUCAAAGCCUGCAAGCAACGGAUCUCAGAAAGUUACUAAAGCAACUACGAAAGCUAAGAGUACGACGAAGAUAGAUGUUAAGCGAGCAAGUAAUGUCUGUGCUCCUGCUGCUUCUGCUGCUACUUCUACCGUAGUCCAUAAACCAACUUAUGAUGGAUUCUUUUGGACUGUAUGCCGCACUUGCAGGAUACGGUAUGAGUAUCAUCAUGUGUACUUAAACCAGAAAAUUCGUUGUCCCAACUGUCGUGAGCCGUUUAGAGCUGUGGAAACCGAUAUUCCAGUCCCAGGUUCGAUCCGCAAGCCCUUUCACGAGCACCAGUUUGACUCUAGCCGUCAGACCACUGACGCAAGAAAGACGAGUAGAGGUGAGAGUAAUGAGUCCUCUGAGUGGAGUGAUGUGUACACUGGAACCAUAACUCCUACUCAUGCUCCACAAACCGGACUACAAAAAGAAGAGGUUGCUGUGCGUAGAGAGUUUACAAAAAGAGCUGCUGCUGGUGGUGCUCCAGCCACAAAUCCUACGAAAAGAAGAAAGUGUAUGGAGGAUUCAGCUGCUGGCUCCAACACCAACACUUUGAAGGAGUUUACCAGGGAUGAGGUUAAAAAUCUUUUGAAGAAGAAAGCAAAGCCCAUAAUCAGCAGAAAGCUGCAAGAACUAUGCUCUAAACCGGAACUGAGGCAAACGGAUUGGAAAGUGAUGAGGCCAAAGGUUAAGAAGCACUCGGUGCACCCAAAGGUUGUAGACAGCUCGACCCAGUAG